GAGGCACGGCACGUCAGCAGCAUGCGAUUGGCCGCAGCAAUGCAGGGCUCUGUGCGUAGCUGUAGGGAGUUCAGCCACUCCAUCACCAUGCAUGAGAUGCCAGCAACAUAUGCUCGUCUCUUUUACCACUCGUUCGUGUUAUUAUAAGAAAAAAAACUCGGCUGUUUCAUUUUCUCAGAUAUUCCUGAACAUUGAUCUGCAGUCACUUUUUUAUUUCCCUGAUUAACCAAGUGAUUCGUUUAAUGCAGAGAUGGUGAUGGUGGAGGAUGAAAGUGUAAUGCAGAAUGUAGAGGAGGUGUCAUCCUCUAAUGGUGUAGGAGCAGACAGGCAAGCGGCAUCGGCAGAGAGCAGGGAUGGCAAAGACCGUCGUUCUCAGGAGAUUGUCUGGAGAAAUGUUGUUCUGAUGGCUCUUUACCACAUUGGAGCGGUGUAUGCUCUCUCGCUCAUCCCAAAGGCGUACCCUCUCACCUGGAUCUGGGCGUAUCUGUGCUUCUUGGUCACGGCUCUGGGGGUGACCGCUGGGGCUCAUCGAUUGUGGAGCCACAGAUCUUAUAAAGCGAAACUGCCCCUGAGGAUAUUCCUGGCUGCAGCCAACUCUAUGGCUUUCCAGAACGACAUCUUCGAGUGGUCACGGGAUCACAGAGUGCACCACAAGUACUCCGAGACAGACGCCGACCCGCACAACGCCACGCGAGGCUUCUUCUUCUCCCACGUGGGCUGGCUGUUCAUUAGGAAGCACCGCGACGUCAUCGACAAGGGGAAGAAGCUGGACUUCAGCGACCUGAUGGCCGACCCCGUUGUGGUGUUUCAACGGAAGUAUUACAAGAGCUCUGUGCUUCUCAUGUGCUUCAUGCUCCCUACCCUGGUGCCCUGCUACUUCUGGGGAGAGAGCCUGUGGAACUCCUUCUUCCUGGCCUCCAUCCUGCGCUACACCAUGUGUCUGAACGUCACCUGGCUGGUGAACAGCGCUGCACACAUGUAUGGCAACCGGCCGUACGACAAGAGCAUCAGUCCCCGGGAGAACCGAUUUGUCACAUUCGGAGCCAUUGGCGAAGGGUUCCACAACUACCACCACACCUUUCCCUUUGACUACUCCACCAGCGAGUUCGGCCUGCGGCUGAACCCGACCACGUGUUUCAUUGAUCUCAUGUGCUGGCUGGGCCUGGCGAGCGACCGGAAACGAGCCUCCAAAGAAAUCAUCGAGGCCCGCAAGAAAAGAACUGGGGACGGCAGCUCCUGAAGAAAACACUCAACACCUAACGAAGAAGAACAAGAAGAAGACUAAAGCCUUGCAUUCUGUAAAAAAAGAAAUAAAAAGAAGAAAUUCAGCUGUUGUGAUCUUUUAGGAUACAUUUGUAAUUUCAAACUAUCAACUAUGUGUUUCCAACCCCCCCCCCCCCCCCCCCCCCCGUCCUUGUAAGGUGUAGCUUUCUUUUUAUUUAUUUUUUAAAUGUGAACAUAAAGUGAACAGAAUGGGAUGUUAAGAAUAGCAGUGGAAUAAAUGCUGUCCCCUGCAGCCUCAGAGGGGCUCUCAAGGCGUAGUCUUGAUGAUUCAGGUCAAGGUUCAUACUUAACACACUUAACUAGACCCGAACUUGAACUGGACCUGGAAUCAUCAGAUCUUUAACAUGGUGGGGGGAGGGGUUGCUAUGAUAAUUCAAGAAGUAGUUAGAUAGCACACUAGGUGCACAAAAAACAAAUUGACCAAAUUACAUAUUUUCCUUCCUAAGGAUUCCUCUCUGGAAAUUCAUAACUAUGAGAAAAGCUGAAAUGAGUUAAUGAUUUACAGCUUACCCUGAUUCUUAUAAUAUAUAUUUUUUUAUUAGUGGUCAAAAUAUCCAUGAGUCAUCAGCCCAAAGUGUGAGCAAAAACAAAAGAUAUGCACAAUUUAUAAGUAAAUAGUGUCCACCUGACAUGCCCUAAGAUGUUGUUUAAAACAUCCAUGGAAAAGCAAGCAUGUUCUUUACAAAGAUAAUACGUUAUAUAGUAAUUAAGUUAAAGAUAAGGACAUGUAAAUGCUCUAAAGCAUUAAUACAUUCAUCUUCUAUAGCACCACACUGGCUGCAGUGGUGCUGUCAUUUAGAUUGAACCCAGUUCUCAUUAGUGUUAAACCCAGUUAAACUGAGAACCGCUAAUAAAAAAAUAGAAUUUCCUUCUUGGGGGGUUUAAAACUGCCAUUGCCAAUGUAAGAAACCUUAUAUUAAUGCCAGUAUUGAAACACCAAGAGCCUUGCAUUGGGGGCUGAAGGUUUACGUUCAAUAAAAAAUUAAGAUGAACACAUAAUGAAUUCAUACAAAAAUACACAUUCAAAAUCUAUAGCAGCUUGAAAUAGGUGUCAAACAAUGGACUGCACAUGUCCACAGUGAAAUGCAACUACAGAGGGAUAGAGUGUUUUUUUUUUUCAUAAUUUCAUUUUUUAUUUUUGAGACAUUUUAACUUACUGACGUACCGGGCUGUUCCUUUCAUGUACUGUAUUUUUUGCUCAAAGUAUUCUCUCUUGUCCAGAGUGCUUUAUGAUCUGCAUAUAUAUAUAUUGUGAUGAUUUUUAAUUUAAAUGUGUCGAAGGAAAUGGUGUCCUUUGAAGAGCGAGCCAUCUGAUUUACAGAGGUCUGACUUUUAAGUGAUUGUAAAACAGCUUUCAACAAUGCCAAAAUACACAAUUUCCUUACUGGACAUUUCAUAUAUGUCAUGUAGAAGCUACGUUCUGUAUUUUAGCUAUAAUGGAACUCAACAAAUGAACAAAGUUGCAUUAUGUCUUUUGUCUUUUUACUUGCUUGUGGUGUUACUGCCUUCACUUGCUUUUUAAAUAUACACCUCCCUACGUGGAAGCUCUAAAUGGAACUGUCUCCUUUUCAAACGUGUUUUCAACGCACUGCUUUCAGGCACGCGUGCACUUUGAGAAAGGAAGUAGCUAUCUGAAUUUUCUUUUGGUCUGUUGUAAAAGUAACAUUUAGUAAUGCCAAAAUGUGAUUUCGCAAACCAGAGGCUUUCAAUAUCAGUGUGUUGGCUUAAGUAUCAUUGGCUGUUGUGUAGAAUUCUGAAGUUUUUAUUUUCAAUAAAUACUGCAAAUAUGA